UGUGUGUAAAACUGCCGCGCGUUCACACAUCCCUCUUCAUCUCUCUUCAUCCACAUCACUGAGCAGAAACUGAAGAAGCGCAGCUGAAGCCGACAGAGCACUGGAAUAAUAAUAAACCAGAGAACUCUUCUGAUCUCCUUCCUUCUCUGUCAAUGAAAAUGAGCAGCCGACGGCGACGAUGCAAGCGACAGCUGAUCAAGUUCACUCAGCACAUUACUCGAUUCAUCACAGGAACUCUGAGCUCAGAUAAUGAGGACGAAGAACAAGAGAGUAUGACCGAGCGCUAUCACCCGGAAAAUCUGGAGCAGCUGCAGUCGCAGACCCACUUCUCCAGACAAGAGCUGCAGUUACUCUUCAGAGGAUUCAAGAACGACUGUCCGAGUGGAGUCGUGAAUGAGGACACUUUCAAAAACAUCUACGCCUUGUUCUUCCCACUGGGAGAUUCAUCAAAGUAUGCUCAGUUUCUUUUCAAUGCAUUUGAUAAAGAUAAGAACGGCUCUCUUAGUUUUGAGGAGUUAGUCUGUGAUCUCUCUGUUUUGUUGAGAGGCACUACUGAAGAGAAGCUGAACUGGGCUUUCAAUCUUUACGACAUCAACAGCGACGGACAGAUCACUAAAGAGGAGAUGUUGGAUAUACUGAAGUCUAUUUAUGAUCUGAUGGGGAAAUCUGUCCAUCCUCGACUGAAAGAGGAGGCAGUGAGGCAACACGUCAGAAUGUUCUUCCAAAAAAUGGACAUAAAUCAGGAUGGUGUAGUAACUAUUGAGGAAUUCAUGGACUGCUGCCAAAAAGAUGAGGAUAUAAUGCAGUCUCUUAAGAUUUUUGACAAUGCUGUUUAGAUGUUGGUCAGCACUUAUUCUCACCGGACACCUCUGGACUGUCCAGACCUGUGUUUGUGGACUGGCUGCUGAAUGUAGAACCCUGAUAGACAUUUGGAGUCAUUGUGUGAUGCAACUGUGAAUCCAGUGUUAAAGUGGUACAGUAACAUCUUUUUUUUUAUUUUAUUUUUUUAUCAUGCAUGGUGCAAAAGUGUUCUUUUAAUUCAUAAUGUAUUCAUUCAACACUGUCCAACAACCAGCAUUUAUUUAUUGACAUUUAAAAAAAAGUUAAAAUAAAUAUUACUCAUGUAUUGAUUUCAAAAGCUGCUGGAAGAAAGAAUCUAGUUUGUAUUUCACCAUUUAAUGCAUCGACCUAAUAAUGUGGCUUAUACUGAAUAUCAGAAAAAUGAUAAAAUUGCAUGAUGCACAGAUGCUUUUCCUCUAAAACUGCUCUAAUCAUGAACAAAGAUGAUGAAGUUUUGCUUCUUUUCACAACUCCCAAAUAUAAUUUGUGGUGCUAAUUUCUGUUCUCUAAAUACAUACUUUCUCUGAUUCAUUAAAUCCUCAGUGUCUUUUCCUAAACUCUAGAUUAGGAUUUACAGUAUGCUUGAACAACUGAUAUAAUACUAGGUCAAUAAUGAGCAUUAAUGAAUGCUAAUAAGUAAUUAUACAUAUAUAUGAUUAACUAAUCUGUUUUAAUGUCAAGAAUGUAAUUUCAUGUGUGACUAUCAAUAUUUGAAUGAUGUAACUCUUGUCAAUUAUAGUGGUCAUUUGUAAGAUGUAUUUUUAACGCAGUUUAUUAUUGUUUAUUGUAAGUGUCAUAAUAAAAUAAUAAAUGCCAUCAGCCUUGAUUUAA